AUGAUUUCUCGUCUUUCAAUUGGGGCGAUUAUAUGGUUUAUGUUAAUCAUUGGAGUUCUUAUAUUAGAAUCCUCAGGUAAAUCAUUUUUGUGUUUUUAAUAAUUAUGAUAAUUAUAUUACUUUUCCAGCCGCAUCCGAUAAAGUGAAACUACGCGAUGUGAGUGCAAUAACUCUUUACAAGGGAAGAAUGACAACAGGACGUCGUGCAUCUCCACAACAACAAAUAAAAUGUGUCGGAGGUUCAGCAAAAGGUCAAUAUCAACCAUCUACAGUUCAAUGUACUAAUCAAGGAUUUGACGGUCAAGAUGUUCAAUGGAAAUGUGAUGCUGAUUUGCCACAUGAUAUGGAAUUCGGAGCUAUUUCAGUUUCAUGUGAAGGUUAUGAUUAUCCAGAUGAUCCAUACGUAUUGAAAGGAUCUUGUGGAGUAAGUAAAUUGUUUUCCCUUUUCAUAAUAUUUUCAUGAUUUUUUUACAGCUUGAAUACGAGUUGGAAUAUACAUCUGGAAGUGGAAAUCAUGGUUUAUCGAGAAGAAGUGGAGAUAAUUGGGAUAAAUUCGGCACAUUCAUAGUUGUUGUUUUCAUCAUCUAUGUUAUUUACUCGAUGUUCUUCAGUCGAUCUGGUUCUCAAGAUCAAUCAGGUUAUCAAGCAGGCGGUCCAGGUGGACCAGGUGGACACGGAGGCAGUCCAGGAGGUGGUCCAGGUGGUUAUCCAAGUGCUCCACCACCAUAUGAUGAUACAAGUUAUGGUAAACCCCCACCGUAUGGGUUUCGUGGUAAUGAUGGAUCAAGUUGCGGCGGAAAUGGACAGGGAACAAGUGGUGCCAAUAACGGAGGUAACGGUUUUUGGAGUGGAGCAACAUGGGGUGCAUUAGGUGGAUAUCUAGCCUCGAGUUAUUUGAAUAGCGGAUAUACAAGACCACGUCGAUCGUUUUUCUCUGAUAAUAGUUAUUCAUCAUCUGAUAGUUAUUACUCGAGACCUUCUACCUCAACUUCAACUAGAUCAUCUUCUGGGUUCGGAGGCACUUCAAGACGCUAA